AUGAUUGAAUUUGUUAAACAAUGGGACCUCAAACCCCCAUGCCCAAGAGCGAACAUUGGUGAGCUGUUGGGUGUAGUGACAGCAUUCGGUUGGUUUUCCUUCCGCGUCGUGAACCAACGCUACUGGAACAAGAGAUCCAUUGAUCACCAUCGUCGCCAGUCGAGUCAGUCUGUUGAAAAAUCUCAAGGCUUGUCUCAUGCGAAAUCUCACCUUGGACUGCAUGCCGGGACCAGUACCUCAAGACAUGCUCAAGCAGCCGAUCGAAUAAAGAGGAAUCAAGUGAACCUCAAGAAAUUAUUAGAGUCUGCCGCUCGGCGCCGGGAACAAGAGUCUCAUUGGCACUCAGGAUCAUAUUGGCAUCCUUCAGCCUCCCCUUCUUAUACACGCCAUUACCCUUCUCCGACGCCUCAUCGCCCUUCUUACUAUCGCACCUCUUCACCAGAACCCACCAGCUCAUCGACACCUUGCUCCUUUAGCCCCGACGUGGCGCCAACAAGCCUUCCAACAAGCCAGCACAACCUGGAAGUUUCCUCCUCUACCCUCUCUGACCUCAUCAGCUCGGACUUUUCCACUCAUAUCUCAUCAAAUUGUAGCUAUCCUGCAUCUCAAUCUAUCGAAUCAUCCGGCACCAGGCUUCCGAUCACUCCUCUUCAUACAACGUCCAUUAGCAAAUCGGAACCUAUGACAUCUUGUGCUAUCACGACUGAUCCGGUACUGCACACCCUAAGCACAGAAUCACCUGUUAGGAAUAAGUCUGAAGAGUGGACAUACAAGAACCAUCGAGGUCAAGAGAGGAUCAUGAUCAGUACAAGUGUUAACUGGUAUCACAAACCAUGCAAUAGGUGUAUGAAGGAUUCUGUUCAUAUGUCCCAAAAUAUUGGAAGUGUCACCCUCAAUGGUGUAUGUUUGAAAAUUGACAUAGAAGAAAGAGUAUGGUGUCAUAUGAGUACCAGUGAGUGA